GUGAUUAUUGCAAUUGCAGUAAGUUGGAUAUUGUGCGCAAUUUUGACUGAAACAAAUGUAUUCUCGGAAACGUCAAAAGCUAGAACAGAUACAAGAUCUGGCGUCUUGUCUGAAUCACCCUGGUUUAGAGUUCCUUAUCCAGGUAUAACAUGAAGUAAACUGAAUUAAUGUACUACUAUGUACGUCUGACAGAGUAUAUGCCUUAACUUUACAGAGGUACGACUCGGUCAAAAACACCCAACACGUCACAGGUUGCGAUGUAGUCGCAAUGCUGUUGCGAUGUUCCUAGCUAGUGCGGUUACGAGAGGCAUUCGCGCGUCCUCCUGAACGAGACCAAGCCUAGCACUUGGAAUAUUUACAGAGAGUGCCGGCUUCUCCUUGGCUAGGAACAUGGCGGGCGGAUACGCCAUCAUGACGUCAAAGACACCGUCACAGUGUCGGACUUCUAUUAAGUUUGAAACAUGAUAAAUUAUUUAAGUUGCACAGAAAAGAAACGUUUACUACAUCGGUGUACUCGUGAAAGACCAUGUUAAUUUAAACCAGCGAACUCCAUGUCUUUUAUCUGGAACGAUGACACCCGGGAGAAACGUGAAGCCAAUGCCAACGUCACUUCACGCCAACUCGAGCCUGCUGACGCGUACUAAUUUGUGAUAGGCCGCGCAUGGUGAUGUCGUAUAAGGGAACUGACGUACUAUAUGGCGUGGCAAUUGACCGCGCGUUGAUGGCGUAUAAAGGGACUGAAACUGACAGAUUAUAUGGCGUAAAAAUGGCGUGGAGAGCUGACGCCACUGCUCACGCGUUGCUCACGCAAGGCUUCACUUUUUAAUUGCCAAUGACUGAAUGUUAUCCUUUUCGGUAAAUAGAUUGAGUUCACUGUGUUAAACGAGGCUAUUAGUUUAUUACUGAAUUUUGUAACACAGUUUCUGCACAGAGCCAUGCAAUGCAUGCAGCAAUUACAUUCACAUAAAACUGUUAGCAUGCUCGAUCAUUUCACCUUUAAACUGAUUAUGCAACGAAAUUUCAAGUCUUUUUUCUGAUUGCAUUGUAAACUCUCUUAGCUUGCUUCGUAACGUUCUUCACUCUCCCGCACAUUACAUAAUGACUUUCUGAAAAAAGUUAAUGCGGUCAAUAAUGGAUAUAUGCCAUUUGACGUCACAGUGAUGAUAAUUUGCAUAUCAAACAUUGCAACAUAUCUCAAGAAAGAAAAUUGAACCUAAGACAGUUUGGAAAAAUAUCUUAUUAGUCACUUUGAAUUUUCUCCACUCAAUGCAGUCAUAAUUAUAAAAAUAAGCCUUCGAAAACAUGGCUUUAAAACCUUUCGCACUUUAAGCCACUUAACCUUCUCCGCAAAUAUCUCGUAGUUCAGCUGGGUUGCUAACAUCUCGUAGUUCACCUGGGUUGCGAUGACAUUGUUAUUAAAAUAAACCUUGAUCUUGAAAAUAUUCGAAAAUGGAUGCUACGAAAUAAACUCCAAACUCAUCCUACAAAAUCGAAAUAUAUGUUCAUUGGAUUAGCGUAUAAUUAUAUUAAACAUCAGGUAUCUGGCAACCCUAUUAUCGUUAAUAAUGUUCCAAUAUCUAGGACUGAAAAUUAUAUUUGCCUUGGUGUCAAUAUUUACGAAAUAUUGUCCUGGGAAAAACAUGUUCGUAUGAUACGUUCAAAAGCCAGUGCGGGUAUCAGAGCUAUAAGACGUACUAGGCCUUUUGUAUCGUUUUAUCUACAAUUAAUUACAGUAAAAUUGAUCUACAAUGCCAUUGUACAGCCCUACUUUGAUUAAUGCAGCCCUCUCUGUGUCAACUGUGGAAUAGGCCUCAUGGACAGGUGGCAGAAAUUCUAAAAUCGGGCUGCAAGAGUAAUUUCUGGAGCAACUUACUAUGUUGGGACGGUUGAGUUACUCGAAAGCCUGGGUUGGAAAUACUAAGGCGAAUUUAUCUAAAAUCUGUUUUAAUUUUAUGUAUAAAAUUCUGAAUAACCACACCGCACCAAAUCUAAGAACAUUCUUUCGAUUGAAUAAUGAAUUUGAUAAUACCUAUGAUCUUAGAAAUAGAGAAACCGAUUUGUCUCUUCCUAAACCGAAUAGUACCGAUUUUGGUAAAAGAUGCUUCAGAUAUAACGGAGCGGUAGUAUGGAAUAAUUUAUCGUAUGAGGUAAAAGUAACGGAAUCUUUAAAUUCAUUUCAAAGAAAUAUUAACCUGCAGGCAAACAUUUAAAAUUGGCUCGUCCUGUUGCCUACUGUACAUAGUAAUUCUUCUUUCUUAGUAUAUGUAUUUUUGUAUAAUCUAUAGUAAUGUUUAUCUGUAUAUUCUUUCUAAAAUGACGCUUCCGUCAUGGAAAUCAGCUCUGAGUUGUUUAGGCAAGCUUGCAUAAAUAAAUUUUUGUAUGUAUGUAACCGAAUUCCGCCCACCAAUCUAUUAAAGGCGAUACAUGUGGGGGAUGCUAUGAAAUCCUUUUAUUCUUUAAAGAUGUUUUGAUGUUUAAGGUCAAUGGGGAACUCCAACUGUAAGUCUUGCUGGUGUGUUUGGUAUGCUAGCUGGAGUUAUUGCUGGUGUUGUAGAGUCUAUUGGAGAUUAUUACGCAUGCGCAAGGUUAUCUGGAGCACCACCACCUCCGUCACACGCUAUGAAUCGUGGGAUUGGUGUUGAGGGCAUUGCAUGUUUUCUCGCGGGCGCUGUUGGUACUGGAAAUGCAACUACUUCGUUCAGUGAAAAUAUUGGAGCUCUAGGAAUAACAAAG